AUGUCAUUUACCGGCGUGUCUAUAGUCGGCCAGGGCCAGGCCACCGGCCACGCCAUCAACGUCGACGCGGCCAGCGGGUCCCACCUGCUUGUGAUCAAUGGCUACUCGCACACUAAAGCCACUGCAGCUGCUGGCGCAGUAAUCCUCUCGCUCCCUUUCAUGGUAGGAGGACAUCGUUGGCGCAUCUUCUACUGCCCGAAAGGCGCCCCGUCGGGCUGCGCCGAGGACUCUGUAUCGCUCAUUCUUUCCAUUGUUAAUAAAAAUGUUACGGAGGAUCUCAAGGUGCAGGUUGGAUUUAGUUUCCUCGAUCAGCAUGAGAAGCAGGAUUCAGCGUAUAUUCGUGCAAAAGAGCCGUGCAACUUCUCUAGCGGUAAUCGAUGCUGGGUUCACAAGAAUUUCGUGAAAAGAGAUGCCCUUGAGAAAUCAAAGCAUCUAAACGAUGAUUGUUUCACCAUCCGAUGCGACCUUGCCGUGGUACCGCCUCCUACCAUACAAGAGCUUAUCAGCAACCUCCUCAUGUCCAAGGAGGGCACUGACGUGACAUUUAAUGUUGGCGGCGAGACGUUCGUUGCACACCGGUCCGUGCUUGUGGCCCGGUCUUCGGUCUUCAAGGCAAAGCUCUUUGGCCCCAUAAAGGAAGACAUGAUAGCUAGUGUCAUACAAAUAGAAGACAUGGAAGCAAAAGUGUUUAGAGCCUUGCUUAGCUUUAUUUACACCGACUUGCUACCCGAGAUGGAGGUGGACAUGGUGGAGGAAAGAGAAGCCCAAGAAGUCUUGUGGCUGCAACACUUGAUUGCAGCGGCAGAUAGAUACAAUCUCCAAAGGCUGAAGGUACUAUGUGAAGAUAAGUUAUGCAAACUCGUAGACGUGAGCUCGGUGAGGACUAUUUUCAUUCUAGCCGAGAGGCACAAUUGUGGUGGAUUGAAGGAUGUAUGCCUUGAAUUCCUCAAGACACCUUCUAAUUUGAAGGAGAUAACGGCGACUAACGUCUUCGACGAUAUAAUUAGAACAUGCCCCUAUCUUUUAGAGGAGCUCAUUGGCAAGCUUGCUUCCUAA